AUGGAAAUUAAUGAUUUGAAUGUUAGAAGAAAUAUUCACGGAUACAGAAACAAAUAUAACGGUGGUAAUAACAAUAGCAGAUUCAAUGGUAAUAACAGUAGCAGAUUCAAUGGUAAUAACAGUAGCAGAUUCAAUGGUAAUAACAAUAGCAGAUUCAAUGGUAAUAACAAUAGCAGAUUUAAUGGUAGUAAUUAUAACAGAAAUAGUUGUAACCGUAACAAUUCAUACUCCUAUGGCAACGGCCAAUAUUAA